CGUGGAAUUGUCCUCCACAGGGCAUCAGGAAAAACAGACACCCACUCCUUCGCUCAGUUUCCUCUUGCCUGUUCUUUUAGCUUUUCGAGGCUAGUUAUGUUUCUCCAAACACAACAAAUAGGACGUGUCUUACUGCCUGCGUUACCGGGAAGAAAUUGAAGUAAACAGUGGAAGCUAAGGAGAGGGGCUGCCACUGUCGAGCGUUGAAUGGCAGUUACUCAAAAACAUGGUAAGAACUAUGGUCCAGAUUUGGUCUGUCACAAAGAGCAUCAUCCACCCGACAAGAUUGGAGCACCUGGGUGUCACAAGAAGUGGGCCGAACACAACAAUAACUGGCCAAGGCCGUUGGCAAGGAUAUGGACAGUGGUGCUCCUGCUUGGGACCUGCCUCCUCUAUUGUGCCAGGGUGGCGAUGCCCAUCUGUGCAGUCAGUAUGGCAGAAAAGUUCAACUGGAGCAAGAGAGAGUCGGGGAUGGUUCUGGGCAGCUUCUUCUGGGGUUACUGCUUCACCCAAGUGUUUGGAGGCCAUGUUAGUGACCGGGUGGGAGGUGAGAAAGUCCUCUUGCUCUCUGCAGCUGCAUGGGGAAUGAUGACGGCCUUCACUCCCAUCUUGGCUCAUUUCUGCUCCCAGCCAAUGUUCUGCAUGACGCUGGCCCGCUUCCUCAUGGGCCUUUUGCAAGGUGUUCAUUAUCCUUCUUUGGCAAGCCUGUGCUCUCAAAAAGUGGUGGAGAGUGAACGAGGCUUCCUCAUGAGCACCGUGAGCAGUGGUUCCUACCUGGGCACCCUUCUGAUUGGAGGGGCUGGUUCCGUAAUGCUGGACCUGUAUGGGUGGGAGAGUGUGUUCUAUGUGUCAGGUCUGCUGGCAGUAAUGUGGGCAUACUGCAUGUGGAAGUACUUACUCAAAGGGGAAGGGCCUAUUAUCACUCUGGAAUCCCUGGGAAAUGGUGGUCCACAGUCCAAACUGACCAAAAGGCAUUGGUUACGACUCUUCAGACAACCUGCAGUCAGUGCCGUGAUCAUUACGCACCUUUGCACAGCGAGCACCUUCUUCACUCUGUUGUCAUGGCUGCCGACAUUCUUUAUAGACACGUUCCCUGAUGCUAAGGGCUGGGUGUUCAAUGUCAUUCCUUGGUUGGUGGCCAUUCCCUCAUCUCUCUUCAGUGGUUGCCUGUCGGACCAUCUCAUUAGUCAAGGCUUUGACACAGCUUCAGUGAGGAAGUUAAUGCAGUUUUUUUCCAUGGGUGUUUCCAGUGUGUUUACCCUUCUUCUCUGUGGCAACAUCACAUUCUCCUGGGCCAUAGCCUAUGUGUCGGUCACUAUAGGUCUUACCACCUUUAGUCACAGUGGUGUGUCUUUAAACGUUCAAGACCUUGCUCCAUCCUGUGCAGGAGCCUUGUUUGGUGUUACAAACACAUGCGGUGCGUUCUCAGGGGUCCUCAUGGUAUAUUUCUCGGGGUAUCUCAUUGAGGCCACAGGCUCGUGGGCGUCCAUGUUUAGUCUCAUCACCGCUGUCAAUCUGCUAGGCCUGUGCAUCUUCCUGGCCUUUGCUGAGGCCCGCCGCGUCGACAUCGACCCCAGCAGGAACCACCACCACCACAUCCACCUCUGAAUUCCCAAAGGCCCAGUGGGGGAGCUUUAUCCUCAACACGGGAGGUCUGUCUCUCUCUCCUUCUCAUUGUUUCAUAGACAUACACACUUAUGUACAAUAUGUGUCUAAAGCACACAGCUGGUUCUGUUUAUUAGUGUCAUCAAUGCACAACCUUAACUCCAAAGUUGAGGGAGGAUGACAGCUGGUGAAAGAGUUCAGGAAAGAUAACUAGAAAAGCAGCACAUCAUGGUUAAAUGUGUCUAGCUACACCUUGUAGUGUCUCCCCAAGGAGGUUAUGUUUUGUUUGCUUUUGCGCAUUUGUUUGCUUGUUUGGAACACCCGAAAACAAGUUUUCAAUGAAACUCUGGGAAAUGUGGGGCAUUGGCCAAGAAAGAAUUGCUUCAUAAUCUGGCAGGAAUUUUUCCUCACUUUUGUUAGCAUGUUAAGUCUAAAUCCCUCAGUAUACACGUGUACGAUUUGGUAGUGAGGUUGAUUAAUUGACCAUUAAGAAAUCUGUCAGUUUUCAAUCCAUCUGUCAGUCAACUAUGGAAUGCUAAGGUACAACCAUACAGACCUCUGCACAAGAUUAGUUUUGCUCAGUGCUCAAUUUUCUGCCAUCUGAAAAUUUUUAAAUUACUUUUGAAAAUUACAAUUGGUCGUACAUUUUCUCCAUGUUCGAUCAAAGAAAUUUAACCAAACGUUCAUCACUUGUGCUGAUCCAAAUUGUUCAUCCUUGGUGGGGGUCUUCCAUCUAAAUGACGAAGGGGCUUCACAUCAACGUACCCAAAGUGCUUUUACAAUGUCACCUCAUGACUGAGUGUCAUUCCAGAUACAAAAAGCAUCAAGCAUUGCUCUCAUUUGCCUGUCCUUUUGUGUUUUUUUGUGUGUGAGGUAGUCGCUAUUGUCCCCAUCUCCAUGGUUACACAUGCUUGUUACAGAGAGGUGCAAGGUGAAUGAGUGUGUUCUACCUGUUUGUUGUCUCAGCAAAUGUUUUAAGCAGAAAGACCAAAGUUACUGAAAAUGUGUAUUUACUUUUUUAUGUCAUCGCAUGCUGUAGAAAUACCUCAGAGUAGGAUAUUUAUAUAUUUCUAUGGUUUAAGUUAGUUUUUUCAAUAUCACAAUAUUUUUACAUUCUAAAUGUAUAAAUUAUGAAUAUGGGAAUAUGUAUUGUGUAUAAACACACAUACAGUAUAUGCACAAAAUACAAUUUGCUGACGUGAUGCAGUAUGGAUGAGCCUAACCUUGCUAGUCUUGGUUCGAAUUAUGGUGGAAACAACUAUUGCACUUACAACUGUUGAACAAAACAGGAAGUCAAGUUAGUAUUUGGCUAAAUUGGGAGAUGUCUCUCAGCGUUUUUUUUUUUUUUUGUAAUCAUGCUCUUCUGUAAUUUACAUUGCCCGUGUUUCACACAGACAUAAUGAAUGUUGCAGGCCUUCAACUUUCUAAAGAUCUUUUUUGUUGUAUUGUUGCACAUUCAGGACAAAAAGUAAAUAGGAGAUUUCAAAUGAUUGUAGAAUUCAUUUCUGUUUGGUGUCUUAUCUAAUUUAGCCGAUAACUUGACUGGAAUUGACUAUGCAUUUAAGGUUUUUGUGCCUGGUGGGAGUCACGGCCGUGAUCGUUGUGUCAUUUUAGCUGUUCUUUGUUUUCACGUAUACAACGGCACAACCUUUGUUUCGGAUCAGGAAUGGGUGUUUGUGAAAAUCGCACCAUGUUCUUUGUCAUUAUUAGUUGUUGCAAAAAUGGGAGUUUUGGAAAGUCAUUUGCUGUUAGUUACUGUACAUACAGUCUCUGUGUAGGGUUACCAAUAGAAUACAUGAUAUGGCUAUUUACAAUGAUACAUUUUGACAUAAUAAAGGGUGUCCCAAAAAUUGGGCAUGAAUGCAACUAUACAAUAUAGUGUAUUAUGAUGAUAAUAAUAAUAAUAAUAAUGAUUGUUGUUAUUAUUAUAAUAUAAGAAAUAUAACAAUAUGAAUAUCUGAGUAACUAUGUGUGUCCUAGGUAAGCGAAAUGAAAUAGGCUCCAUGUUGAAAAAUAAAGUAUUUAUUUAUUCAAAUGCCAAAAAACGGAAACGGAUAUAGAUCUUAAAAUAAGUUUUACAAAGCUUCACAAAUUGUUCAAUAUGUGCAAAAUUGCCUUUUCAUUUCUAGUGAAUGUCAUUAUUUAUUCCUGCAAAAAAAAGAAAAAUCUGAGCUCAUUUGAGUGAGAAUUGUGUGUUAUAAGACUACAAAACGAUGUCCAAUUUUUAAAAAAUGAUUUACUGCAUUGCUUGUCCCUUUUUGUUCAUUCUCUUUCUGUUGCUAUCCUGCCAAAUGUUUUGUUUAUACAAUAAGUCUCUCAAUGCGGGUUUUUCUGAGAGUUUUGAUUUAUAACAUAAAUCGAAAAUAAAAUGCAUUACUGCAAGAAAAGGCAGUAUUGUAACGAUUUGAAUUAUGCUGUUACCUAAAAGCAUGUCUUAACUUUGAAUAAAAAUGUAUUUU